CUUAUACAGGGACAUGAUGUUGGAGACCUAUAGCAACCUCAUCACAGUGGUGGGAAGUUCCAUUUCCAAACCCGAUCUGAUCACCUUACUGGAGCAGGAGAGAGAGCCCUGGAUGGCUGUGACGGGAGAAGCAGACAGGCCCAGCCCAGGUGAGUAAGGAAGGCAGGGCUGCAGCAUUGCCAUCUCAGUGUGUGGCCGGAGAGGUCCCCACGCCUGACCCGGGGUUGACACACUUCCUUCAGAGCGCCAGGGCCUGUGGGAGACCAUGCCUGAGACCUGGGAAGGAAGUCAAGGUCAUAGCAAAAGCUGCCACAGGGGCUGCUGGUUCAUGAGUCACUAAGUUGUUCUCCCCUCUUCCCUCGUACUGGAGCAGUUACCUUCUUUCUGUCAUUUUGAAUGUUGUGUGUGUGUGUGUGUGUGUGUACAGGUACCCAAAGGGGCCAUAAGAGAGUGUCAGAUCCCUUGGGGCUGGUACUUGAACCCAGGUCCUCUGUAAGAGCAGUCAGUGCCUUUGACUACUGAUCCAAUAGUUAAACACUUUGAACACUAGUUAAUGCAGUAACACAGUGAGGCAAAGCAAACAUUUUAAUUCUGUGUCUUCAUAGACCCUCUAAACAAGGUGUGACGUGUAGCCUAUGCUUCUCACUGCUGCACUGGGGAGGUAGAAGAGGCAGAUCCCUUGUUUUCCUGGCAACUCCACCUAUUUUACUUGACCAGCUCCCAGCUAAUGAGAGAGUAUCACCGCCUGGGGGCGCCCAGCCUCCAGCAGCACUUUUUUUUUUUUUUAAUUUGAGGGAGUUAAGGGAAAAUGACAGUCACACUGUGUCUUCAUGACUUUUCUCUAUUCUCUAUUCUUUUAUGUUUUCUCUGUGUUCUUUCUACUGUAUACUUUUUUUCUGUAGCUUAUAUAUUUCCAGGCAAUAUCGGAAUUACAGUGUGAUUACGUUCUGUUUUCCAGUGGACGACUCGAGCGAACGCAGAACAAACAGAAAACAGUGCGCUUUCCAUCUCCCUCACAUGGUUAACCGUGCACACACACCAGUGAGACACAGAUUGUCCCCAGAACCCACGUGCAUUCCCCCUUUUGUUAGAGUAGAUUCCCCCACAGAUUAUAUGCUGCUUCUGGCUUCACCUCCCUCUGCUCCUCCCAGUUCCUCCCCACUUCACCUCCUACUGGAUCUACUCCACAAGCUUGCUUCUAAGGGACGGCAAUAAAAUACAAUAUAGUAAAACAGGCUAAAACAGAACUAGCACGUUGGAGUUGGACAAAAUAAACAAAUAGAAGGCAUACCACCCAAGAGAAGGCACAAGAAACAGAAACACACUUGUUUACACACUUAUGAAUCCCACACAAAUACUGAACUGGAGGCCCUAAUAAACUUAUGCAGAAAGCACCUGGCGCUGCUUGGGUGGGGCAGACCCUGAGCGUGCUGAAUCCUGAGGUAGAUUGGUUCUCAUCUUCUGGGGAACCUCCACAUGACUUCCGUUGGAGCUGGCAGGUUUCUACUCCCCAGGCUCCUCAGCAUGAGCAGUCACUUGUUUUGUUGAUCUUAGCCGUUCUGACAGGUGUGUGAAAGCUCAAAGCAGUUUUUAUUUGCAUUUCUUUGAUGCCCAAGGAUAUUGUACAUUUCUUUGUUUCUCAGCCAUUUGAGUUUCCUUUUUGAGAAUGCUCUGUUUAGAUAUUGACUCCAUUUUUAAGUUGGGUUAUUUGUUUUAUUGAUAUCUAGUUUUUACCUAGUCGAUAGAUUUUAUGUACUCUAUGGAAUAAGUAUGGAUAGGUUGGACAGUCUUGUCUUGUUCCCCAUUUUAAUGGCGUUGCUUUGAGUUUCUUUCCAUAUAAAUUGAUGAUGGCUAUACACUUGACUGCAUACUACCUUUAUUAUGUGUCCUUUGUAUCCCUAAUUUUUCCAGAACUUUUAUCAUGAAGUGGUGUUGAAUUUUGUCACAGACCUUUUCUGUGUCUAAUGAGAUGAUCCUGUGGCUUUUGUCUUUCUGUUUGUUUCUAUGGUGGAUUACAUUUGCUCAUUUAUGUAUGUGAAACCAUCCCUGCAUCUCUGGGCGGAAGCUUACUUGAUUAUGAUGGGUGGUCUUUUUGAUGUUUUCUUGGAUUUGGUUUGCAAGUGUUUUAUUUAAAAAAUUUCAUCUGUGUUCAUCAGUGAAAUUGGUCAGUUACUCUCUUUGUUGGGUCUUUAUGUGGUUUGGGUAUUGUGGUUCCUUUUACCUUGAAAAAAGAAUUGGGUAACAUUCCUUCUCUUUCUCUUUUGAGGAAUAAUUUGGGGAAUAUUGGCCUGAACUCGUCUUUGGAAGUCUGGUAAAAUUGUGUGCUAAAACUGCCCUGCUCUGGACUUUGUUUGGUUGGAGAUUUAAUUACUGACUGCAUUUCACCACGAGUUAUAGGUCUGUUCAAAUUAUUUAUCUAGUCUUGAUUUAACUUUGGUAAGUGGUAUUUGAAAAAAUUACCAAUUUCUUUUAAUCUUCCAAUUUUUUUUGAGUAUAGACUUUUAAAGUAUGUCCUUAUGAUUCUCUGAAUUUCCUUGGUGUCUGCUAAGUUUUUAUUGCGGUAAAGAGACACUAUAACCAUGGUAGCUCUUAGAAAGGAAAACAUUUAACUGGAGCUGUUUUACAGUUUAGAAGUUUAGUCUGUUAUCUUCAUGGCGGGCAGCAUGGUUGUGUGCAGGCAGAGAUUGUGCUGUAGAAGAAACUGCUUUCUGUAUCUUGGUCCACAGGUAGCAGUGAUGAGCGCCUAGGCCUGACUUGAGCUUCAGAGACCUCAAAGCCCACCCCCAGUGACGCACUUCCUGUAUCAGGGCCAUACCUCCUCAUAGUGCCACUCCCUAUGACCAAGCAUUCAAACACAUAUGGAGUCAUGUUAUAAAGCUGAAACUAUAUCUCCAGAAAGUCAUAUUUAUAAUAUAAAUCUGCCCAAACAGAGCAUGCAGCAAUUAAAUAAAUCUCUUGAUCUCCAGUGCUCCAGUUUUAGUAAUGGUCCCAGCUAUAAUACAUUCAAGAGCCUAGAGAGUUAUCAAGGAGAUGCUGAUCUAAAGAUUACUAACAAGGAAAAACUGCCUGCUUACACCUGCCAGACUCUUACUCACAACAGAGAAAAAGUCUAUGAAUGUAAAGAGUGUGGGAAGUAUUUUGGUUGUAGUUCAAAUCUUGUUCAACAUCAGACUAUUCACACUGGAGAGAAACCCUAUGAAUGUAAGGAAUGUGGGAAAGCCUUCAGACUCCACCAGCAACUUACAAGACACCAGAAGUCUCACAGUGGUGAGAAACCUUUUGAAUGUGAUGAGUGUGGAAAAGCCUUUCAUCUUCCCAACCUGCUUAAGUACCAUAAAACCAUUCAUACAGGCACAAAACCAUUUGAAUGUGAGGACUGUGGGAAGUCCUUCAGUCGUGUCUCCACUCUUCUUCAACACAGGAUCAUUCAUGCUGGUGUGAAACCAUAUGAAUGUAAAGAGUGUGGGAAAACCUUUAAUCGUCGCUCAAACCUCCUGCAACAUCUAAAAAUUCACUCUGGUGAGAGACCCUUUCAGUGUAAGGAAUGUGGGAAAGCCUUCACUAUUCUGGCACAGCUCACGAGGCACCAGAACAUUCAUACUGGAGAGAAAUCAUUUGAAUGUCAGCAGUGUGGCAAGAUAUUCAGUAGUGGCUCAUACCUUGCACGACACCAUAGUGUUCAUACCAGUGAGAAACCCUUUGAGUGUAAAGUCUGUGGGAAGGCUUUUAGGCUUCAUCUAUAUCUUUCUGAACAUAUGAAAACUCACACUGAUGAGAAACCUUUCAAGUGCAAGCUGUGUGGCUCAGCCUUCAGACGUAAGUACCAACUUAGUGAGCAUCUGAGAAUCCAUACUGAUGUGAAACCCUAUCAGUGCCAGGAAUGUGGGAAACACUUCCGUCGACGUUCAAAUUUUACUGAACAUCAGAGUAUUCACACUGGAAAGAAACCAUUUGAAUGUAAGGAAUGUGGGAAAGUCUUUAGACUUAAUAUACAUCUUAUUCGACAUCAGAGAUUUCAUAGUGGUGAGAGACCUUUUGAGUGUAAAGAAUGUGGAAAGACUUUUCAUUUUUCCAGCCAGCUUAAUUACCAUAAAACCAUUCAUACAGUUCAAACACCUUUUGAAUGUGAGGAAUGUGGGAAGUCUUUCAAGCGUGUCUCCAGCCUUGUUGAACAUAGGAUUAUUCAUGCUGGUGUGAAACCAUAUGAAUGUAAAGAGUGUGGGAAAACCUUUAAUCGUCGUUCAAACCUCAUGCAACAUCAGAAAAUUCACUCUGGUGAGAGACCCUUUCAGUGUAAGGAAUGUGGAAAAGCCUUUACUGUUCUGGCACAGCUCACAAGGCACCAAAGUAUUCAUUCUGGAGAGAAAUCAUUUGCAUGUGAACAGUGUGGAUCAGCUUUCAGACUUCAGUACCAACUUACGCAACAUCAGAGAAUUCAUACUGAUGUAAAACCUUUUCAGUGUAAGGUAUGUGGAAAGGGCUUUGUUCGUGGUACAGGCCUUAGAAUUCAUGAGAGAAUCCACACUGGUGAGAAGCCCUUUCAGUGUAAGGAAUGUGGGGAAGCCUUUCAGUAUCAUUACCAAUUUCUUGGACAUUUUAGAAUUCAUACUGGCAAGAAUCCUUAUGAAUGUACACAGUGUGGGAAGUUCUUUACUCGUGGCGGAGACCUUAAAGUACAUCAAAGAAUUCACACUGGUGGGAAACCUUACCAGUGUUAAAGUGGGAAGCCCUUUAGUGAAAAUCAAGCUUGGUUUGGCAUGCUAAAAUUCAUAAUAGUAAGAAGGCCUUCAGUAAUUCUAAGAUUGCUGUAUAUUGUAUAUUGGAGAGUUUAUUAUGAUGAAAAACCACGUGAAUAUAAGAAAGUUCAGAAAAUAUUUAUAUUUAGUUCAGCCGUUACUACACCGUGGAGAAUUCAUACUGAUAUAAAACUCUUUGUCACUGUAAAAAAUGUGGGAAAACCUUCAAUUUGAGCUUAGGCUUUCUUCAACAUUAAGAAUCCAUGCUGGUGUAAAAGCCUGUGAAUGCAAGAAUUGUGGGGACCAUUUAUAGAAUUAGCUCUUAAACCACAUCAGAGAGCCCUUAUAGGCCUGAAACCUGGUGAAUAUGAAGAAUGUGGGGAACCCUGUAUUGUAAAUAAUGAGCUUACACAACGUCAGAAAUCUAGCAUCAUCAGAAGUCCUAUGCUAGUAAGGAAGGUGGACAAGUCUUUUUUAUAUGGAAAUUUUACCGAACAUCAGAGUACUCAUUGGCAAGACUGACUAAAAAGAAUGUGCCCUAAGAUUUGAUCAGCAUCAGAGUACUCAUGUAUUUUUGAUGAGGAGAAAGCGUUAGAGAGUGAGAUUGUGGGAAGUCUGUUGUUCAGAGAUGAUACUCUGUUGAUAAUAUCUUUGAAUGUCAGAAAUAUAGGGUAGCCAUCAUGUUCUUGAUUUACUCUUGUUUUUCUAUAAAUUUAAUUUACCAAAUACUAUACAACCCACAUAGGAAGAGCAGUUAUUGCAGCUAGGGUUUCCCGAGGCACUUCCUUGUCACCAUUAGCAUCCCAUGCCUCCUGUGGUAUUAGGCACAAUCUUAACUUCCUGUCUAGUUGAUUAAUGGUGAGCACAGUACCAGACAAAAUUGUGGACACAGGGUGCAAUAGAUAUGAAAUCCUUGAAAAAGCAUUUGGUUCAUGCCUGUAUUCUGUAAAGUGACUUUUAUGGUGUUCUUGCUUUUAUUACCAUUCCUGUAACUGAUACAAAAGGCAAAUUGUAUUGCAAAUAGUUUAGAAAAGACUCACGCAUUCCUUCACUAUUUAGUUUUAAACAGCUUCAUUCUGUAUAAAGUCUAGUGACUGAAAAUGUUACGAAAGGAUUUUUGUUGAGAAUCCAUUCCUUAGGUGUUUGUGUGAAGUUAAAAAACAAAGCUAUUAAUGAAUAAGUGCUUUUUAAGGGGGUUUAAUACAUAAAAAUUUCAAAAACUAAAACCCUAUCAUUUGUACUCUCUGUCCACCAUUAAGACAAACUGUACAUUUAUAACAGGGCAUGAUAGCCCAGUCUCCUCUAUCACCUAGUCUUGCUGAAGCCAUUUUGGGGGUGAAUAGAAUUUGAUUUCUGAUGGAGAACCUUGUGGAAAUUUACUAAACUCUGUUCUUGGAACUAGAAGUCAAGAUUCCCCAGCUAAUUUAGUCUGGCUUCUGCUAACCUGCCUGCAUGUGCAAACCUCUCCUUGAAGCUAACUGUUUAUUUUGGCUUCUGUUAAACUGCCAGCUUAGGCAAAUCCUUCCCCUACAUCUGCUGAGCAAGAUAACAGAAUGUGGUUUUUGCUUUUAAUAGUCUCUUGCUCUAAAUGCUUGGAGCUACACAGGUUCCCACUACCAGAGUGUUUUCCUUGCUGGUUGGAAUAAAGACUUUUAGUUGACUAUAAACCAUCUGAGUGAUCUCUGGUGACCCAUAAAAGAUUAACAAAAAUAGCCAAAAUUGGCUGGAGGGAGGAUGGUGCAAGCCUUAAUCCCAGCAUUCAGGAGUCAGAGUCGGGUGGCUCUCUGUGAGUUUAAACCCAGCCUGAUUUACUGUAAUUGGUUAUUCUUUUACUCUCUGGUGGGGGGAGGGGCUUCCCUACAAGUUUCCAAAUAAAUGCAUGCGGGCUUAUUCUUACUUAUAGAUGCCCGGUCUUAGCUUGACUUGUUUUUUGUCAGCUUUUCCUAACUUAAAUUAUUUCAUCAACCUUUUCCUUUGGGCUUUUACCUUUCUCUAUUUCUUUUCUUCUUACUCUAUUGCUUGCUGUAUACCUGGAUUUUAUAGCCCCUAAUGUUCUCUCCUUUUCUGAUUCCUUGAUUUUCUCUUCCCAGAUUUCUCCUAUUAUCUCUGCCUGCUAGCCCCUCCUAUCCUUUCUCCUGCCUUGCUUUGACCGUUCAGCUCCUAGACCAAUCAGGUGUUUUAAACAGGAAAACUAACACAGCUUCACAGAGUUAAAGAAAUGGAAUGUAAAAGAUCUUUGCAUCAUUAAACAAAUACUGUGCAGCAUAAAUAAAUGUAAUACAUCUCAAAUUAAUAUUCCACUACAGUCUACAAAAAUUCUGGAACAGGCAGGGCAGUUGCAUGGAGAAUCCCUGAAACAAAGAUGUGUUUCUUCCUUCCUGAAAGAUUUGGACUAGAAGUGGAUUCUCCAACUUGAAGCAGCAAAUGUCUCACAGAUGUGCCCUCCAUUUCUGAUUGUAGUUCAUUCCAGAUAUAGUCAAGUUGACAACCAAGAAUAGCCACCAAAAUCAACUGGAGGGAAAAUAACACUUUGCAAGAUACUGUGUUCAUGCUUGUGUUAUGUGGAAACAUAAAUGGACCUGUGCAUAUGCUAUAAGAUGUGUCGUCAUGUGUGUGUAAUGUGGAAAGAUGUUCUUGUGUGUUUCUAUGAUAUCAGUUACUGAGUAAGCAAUACGUUUACAAAAUUUGGCUUGCUGGUUACAAUUUGUCAAGUAUCCCAAUUUUGCUUGGUAGCUGGUUGUUGACAAUAACAGGUUCUUUUAAUCUGUUUG